AUGCAGGUCACUAGGCUUCAGUUCGGAGUAUAUUCUAAUCAACAACCCUUCUGUCUAUACCUCUUUCCCUUAGUAGCAACAGCACUUGACACAAAUUCUUCUACUCCUACACAACCAAUAUAUCAACCAUUCUAUCGUUUACGGGACAUUGAUACGAUCUUCUUCAAUGCUAGUGUAGGAUAUAUUUAUGAUUCUGGACACAUACCACAAGUUUAUUUUGAUACACCAGGAUACUGUUUCUAUGAACGUUCAGGAGAUGUAUAUUUGAGUUCUCGUGCAUUAAAUGAAACAGCACUCCGAAUGGGAAAUACGUUAUUAGCCGAGUUUUGUAAAUUGUCUCGAAACGAAAUAAUGGCAGGAGCAGCCGAUCGGUUGUUAAAGAAAGCAAAAGUGCCGAUUAUAAAGUCUCUUUGUGUUGAGGCCGAGUUCGAGUUUGUUGCUAUUGAUGCUGGGGCGUGGACGUCUAUGCGAAUGCAUGCAACACAACAACAGCAACAGGCCCCACCGCCGUCGCCGUCGAAUACCAACACUGAUCAACCAGUUAACAAUAGGAAACGCAGUCAGGGUGGCAGAAUAUCAAUUGCUGAUGUACUUGACAAUGAUGAUACGGAUGAUAGAUAUGAGACGCGAAUUACGCCGACGUCUGAUCGUAUUGAAUUCAAUGCACCAGCACCGAUAGUCAAACAAGAGCCCUCACCUGCAAAUUCAGCUCCAUCAUCUCCUGAUCAGACGCUUCGAUCCUCUCGAUCGUCUUCACCGGGUUCAGCUUUUGAUACUUCAGUCACGGACGACGAUAAUAUUCGCCGAAAACGAAGGCGAGUUAUUCCAUCCACUAAUACCAAAACCACCAAUAAUCCAGAAGUAAUGGAACAUGUGAGGAAUAAUAUCAUGUUGAAACAGCAAAAGACUGUUGGAGAAGUACGACAGAACCGGCUGAUGCAAGAAAGUAUUGUGGAUAGAAGGCAUUCUGUUGCGGUGGCAGGUUAUAAUGCUCCUUCAAAUUCGAACCUUUCGGCUGCAUGGGACCCGAAUAGACACCUACUUACAAAGAGGCAUUCUCUUUCUCAACAUCGAGUCAACCGAAAUUCCAAGAAUCUUAGUUUGUAUUCUCUACCUAGAGUCAACAGAACCAUGAGCGCAAGUGGUUCAUCGGAUAAUCGUUCACCGAUACAUGCGUCGAUGACAGCUGGUCAUCGGGCAAGCAUUUCAGGAUAUCCACCUCAGUCUGCAUUUUCAUCGGCUCGUAGGCAGUCUAAUCAGAGCCAGACUGAUCAUCCCGCUUCAAGGAGUGCGAGUAUUCACGGGCUAAUUUCAUCCGAUUGUCAUAAUACAACUAGGCCCGUUCCUAGUAUUCAAGUAACUCCAUCAAGCACCCCUCGUGCUUCCUCCACCACGCUUCCCCACCGAGAGUCAUCGACGAAUAAUUCUUCGGCACCAUCUUCUGAUCGACCCAAAGAUUCUUUUAUGCAAGUAUUUGACACAUUCUAUGACACUGUUGCAGACACGCAUUCGCUUAAAAAUACUCUGGAAGAGCAAAUACGUAAGACGUCAGCUUUACUGCAAACGUUACAAUCGUCAGGUUUGAUGAUCGAGUCUUUGGUACGCGGACAAGUUCGUGAGAUGCAGCGCGAAGUCAUAAACGAUCUUACGUCGAUUGAGAAGAGAGUUGCUCGUGUUGAAGAACGAAUGAAUUGUGUGACUUCGAGUCCUCCUUUGGAUUGUGAUAGACGAUUAAGUAAUAUCAGUACUUUUAGUAGUGAUUCCGGAUAUUCUGGGAGCAGUAAGACGAUGUCCCCUCGGACUCCAGAAGCAUUCAGUAGACGACAGAGUGAAGAUGUUCAGAAGAAGGAUUAUGAGAACGUACUGACUCAUUUGAAGGCUAGACUUGAGUCUUUGGAGAGGAGAAUGAGUAUUGCAUAA